AUGAUGGCGCAACCGUUUCCCGCCCAAGGCAUUCCGCAGCAUGGUAUGCCCCCCGUUCACCACCCAAUGGCCAGCCAGCACCCUAGCGCUGGACAUCCCGGUGGCAUGGUCCAGCAAAUGCAUCCUGGGGUGUCAGGACCUGGUGGUCCUCAGGUGAGCCAGGCAGGGCCUAUGAUGGGUGCAAUGCCCCCGGGCGCCAACGGUGGUCAGGGUGGCCCCGGAAUGCCGAAUGCUCAUGCUCUUUCCCAUUUGAACCCUGCGCAGGCGCAUCUAUUCCAGCAACAGGGGUUCCCACAAAAUUUCGUGAACAACCCUCAAUUCAAUGGGCUAAACCCUGCGCAACUGGCUGCCAUGCAGCAAGCAAAUCCAGGCAUGCGGCCCGUAAACAUGGGAAUGCACAUGGGACAACAGGUUUCGCAUGGCCAGGCACAAAAUAUUCAACAGCAGCAGAUGUUUGCGAUCCAGCAGGCCCAACAGGUCCAAGCACAACAAGCACAGCAAGCGCAGCAACAAGCGCAGCAGCAAGCGCAAGCGAACAAUGGCCAGCCGGGCCAGCAUACCCCUCAACGCUCCUCGGCACAACCACCAAACAUGCACGAAGCGCCAGUAGGGACUCCACAGUCCCAGCAUGGUCCACCACAGAGCGGAACUCCUCAGCCCAAUCAAACAUCCCAACCGCCCUCAACUCAACCUCCUCAGUCGCAGGGCGGUGGUCAGUCCCAGGUGACCCCCAAUCCUCAGCCACAGCAGUUGCCACCGUCUCAGCAACAGCCCCAGCAAGGUACCCCGGGCCAGCAACCUCCUCAGCAAACCCAACAGGCAAUGGCUACCCAGGAAGCUCAAAUUAAAGCACAACAGAACGCCAUCAUGUUACAAAGAAUGAACCAGCAACGGCAGCAGAACACUCCAGUCAUGAUUCUUACUAGCUACGCCGAAAAUUUGAGCGGAUUCAAGAGUCGUGAUGAGACUACCGACUACGCGUAUUGGUCGGCUUUUGUUGACCGAUUCUAUUCACCAAUCGGUGUGUUACGUCAAGGAGUCUGGAGCAGUCAGACUGGAUCAAAACAGUUCGAAAUUUCGACCCCGGCCCUGGCACGUUACUACCUUACCCAAUUCACCAGUGGCAUCGAUCAUAUACAAAUGGUACUGGAUGGACCCCGGGAGCGCGAACCCCCCGGUGCCAAUGGCGCGCAUAUUGUUGAUUGUCAACGCGCAUCUUUCAUAUAUUGGUACACGAAUGAAAGCCAGGUUUUCCACAAGGGACAUCUACGCGCCCACUUCGACGUCAACAAUAAGAUUGAGAUGCUGGACAUAACUGUCACCAGUCACAACGAAUUCAUUCCCCGCAAUCAGCUCCUGGAAGCCAUGGAGCAAAAGCAGAGCCCCAAGCUAGCUAAAAGUGCUGCCAAGAGGGCGCAGAAACAGGCACAGUCAAUAACACUCCCCGAAUCUAUGGUCACUCCUAAUGGCCUUCCUACGCCGGUCAUUCAAUUCCUAGAGGUCGCCGAGACGAUGUCACAGAUGCAAAUGCUUUUCAACUUUUCCGCCCAACACUCGCAGCUGUCGGCGACAGACGCGCUCCGAGGUCUUGUCGGUAACUUCAACCAAAAUUCGAACCCCAGUGUUGGCUUUGCUGCCCCAAUGAACCCUGGCAUGCAGCCUAUGCCUCGUGGCCCUAAUAUGGGCCCUCCUUCGCAAUUUGCUUCUCCUGCAAUGGCCCACCUUGGCCUACCGGGAGUUCAAGGCUCGCCUCAUCUGACUGGGUCAGCUCAUGCAAGCCCCGCUCAGAGUCAGCUUGCUGGCCCCCCUGGGAUGCAAGUUCAGUCAUCCCCAGUCGGUGUGAACAACAGUCCGAACGUUGGUGGCAACAAGCGCCGACGAGCCAGCACUGUCAAGCAAGAAAACGACGACAAUGGCUCGGUUGAAGUGAAUGGCAAUGCGCCAGGAUCAGGCAAGGUCAAGAAUUCCCGGGUGCCUAAACGGCAGAAGGGGCAGCAGCCUAAGCAGCCGAAAUAG